AUGCCUACAUUAAAUCAAUUGAUUCGUCAUGGUAGAGAAGAAAAACGGCGCACGGACCGUACUCGAGCUUCGGAUCAAUGUCCCCAGAAGCAAGGAGUACGCCCGCGUGUUUCAACGAGAACACCGAAAAAACCAAAUUCAGCUCCACGUGUUUUCUACCCGGGUCGGAGCGGGAAUUAUCACUUUGUUUCCACGGGUCCAGUCCUUUCGGGUCCAAGUAUCUCUCAAUUUCUGCCUUUGGUUAGCGGGAAGGGCUCACCUGCCUUGAUCAUGCUUGGCCGACCUCUACUGAUGUAUCUGUCAUUAAUGGAAGCACGAGGGAACGAGUUUCAUCGGCAGGCUUUUUUGGCUGUAAAAGCAGCUCCCCCUGAAAGCCGUAUGGAUCCCUUCGCUCGAUCGGCAGGCUCUCCUCCCUACAGAGUUUCUUCUGUUCGAAGAGAAGAGCGAUGCUGGCGGCGGGGCACUCGAAUAUGCCCUUUUUAUACCAGCACCAAGUGUCCGCCCCCUGGUCCCGAUCACGUUCACAACCAAAGACUCCCUUCUAUGGUCUCAGGAGCUAGUUUGCCAAACUAUCAAACAUGGCAACAACGUUUGCACGCUGUGCUAGUGGUUUUACUUUCAUCGCUACUUGGAACCGAUAAACCGCACAGAGACGUUCUCGAACACUCUCUCUACGUCAUUUUCAAGCGGGUAUCCUGGAAGAAUCACUUUACCUUCCUCUGCAGUGAGCUUCUAGAGAGCGUGAAGAAAGCCAGUCACUCUAGAGUAGAAAGAAAUAGAAUCGAGUAUGACAGAACCUGUAGCUUUGAUCUUGAACGUCUUUCAGCUCUCACGACCCAGCUGCUGUUGAAUCUGCGUAAGGAGAUGCCGGUGAUAAGUUCGGCUAAGCCAGAAAGAGUUAGAUCCCCAGAUGAGAUGCGGCAAUGUCCUAAUCAAAGCAGGCGCAAGGUCAAUGAUUUAGCUCAAGGCUCUUCUUCUUGA